AGCCCCGGUAGAUGGCACACGGGGCCAGCGCUCCGAAACCCGACACUGGCGGCAGACACUCCCUGCAGCCGGAGCAGGAACCAGGAAAUACAAGCCCAGCCUGUCCAGAGAGCGCUCGGGCUCGGCGGGGGAAGGAGCGACAUGGGCAACCUGUGCGGCUGCGGCCGGCGCUGGAAGUGUCCCUCGCCUUUCAAGAGAAAGAAAGAAAAGCAAGGAGCUAAUGUGAGGCAUGAGACUCAGCAGCAGCAGCCUGGCAGGAAGGUCCCCACGUACGAGGAUGUCCCAGAUGUCCCCGUGUACGCCACGGUGAGCAAGCCCAAGGCUGUGCAGCAGGAUGACAGCAUCCACUACGCCGACAUCCAGGUCUUCUCCAAGGUGCCGGAGCGCUCCGCGGCCGAGGUGAAGAACCUGCAGCUGCAGAAUGCCACGGAAUAUGCCACCCUCAACUUCCCCAGGGCCAGGCUGAAGUACGACAGCAAGAACGGGACCUUGGUCUAAAAGACUCGAUGGCCUGGUCGUCCUCCUUCAGUAGGAAAAGGAGUUCACAGCUGUAGAUGCGAGGAAACCUCAUGGACGCGUCGGAGAGUUGGGAGAGGCUGCGUCUCCCGCCUCAGACAUCCUCACUGAGGAGUUUCCCAUCGGAUUCUGCCGGCAAAAAACGCCUCCUCCCCCGGGAGAGCUGCCCCUGGAGCUGGCAGCACAUCUCCUGUGAGGCUGCAGAGCUGCUGCUGGGCUGCUGAAGGCUCAGGGCUGCAGGGAGGAAAUCCCUGCUGUGGCACAGCUCCAGCCCAGUGCUGGCUCUGGGAAUUGGGGAACUGGGGACUAAAGGGAGGUUUUGGAGCAGGGUUUCAUGUCAGUGCUGGAGUUGUGAGGGUGCAGAGUGACUCGUGGGUGGUGCUGUGAGGAGAGACCUUCAGCAGGAUCUGCUGCACGCUCUCCUUCCACUCCUUCCCUGGAGGUGCAGCCAGGCCCUGUGUGCUUCCCCUUCCCCCAAAAUCAGGGUUCUACAGCUCCCCACAGCACCUGGCAGCCAGAAAUGCAGAAUUAGGAGGUGUACAGGACAGUUUCUGUCACUGAUGGGCUGUUCAGAGGUGCAUCCUCACUCCUCCAUGCAAACAAGGGAGGAGUGAGCUCCUGGCUCUGACUGGAAGGGAAACAAGGGAAAAUUGGCAAUUUAGCUGCAAAUCACUGCCGAUAUUUAGGGCAGUUCUCAGAGUCCAGCAGCUGCCUGGGACACUGGGAAUGAAUCCUGGGCAGCUUUGGAGAGGACUUUGGACUUUGCCUCCACUUUUUCCUCAUUUUGUGCUGUCAGCCCUGGCUAUAAACCCCAGUGCCACAGAGCACACUGCACGUGGGGUUACCACCUCCACCUCUGGGAACCUGCUUCUGGAUUUCAAAUAACAUCAAUAAUUGAGAGUAGCAAUGGCCCAAACGGCUUCUGCCACUGGGCAGCCCUGUCAGGGCUCCCCAGGCACAUCUUCAGGCACUAAACCAAGGCCUGGCACAUUCUGCUCCUCAGCCAUGGCCUGCAGAGCAGAUUGGGGGGCAGCCCCGGUCAUGGGCAGCGUUUAGAAACUGUGCCUUUUAUGAACACACUGCGUUUUAUAAACACAACUCUGCGUUUUCUAGCUCAGCUGGGUGUGAAGAGCAUGAAUGAGUUCCUGCUCGUGGUGAAAAAGCUGCCCCCGGCCGUGUUUGCCAGGGUGGAGGCGUUUGAGGACCAAUCUUCCAAUUUUUCUACCUGUUUUAAUGAGUACCCGAGCCCCUGGAAUGGUUCUUUAUCUCGCUGAGGAGCUCCGGUUUCCACACCUCCCUCGGGGCCGUUCCUGGAAGCACAGCUCAUGCUAGAGACAACUCCAUGCUCCCAUUCCGGUGAUUUUUUUUCCCAGGCUUUCCAUGGGGAAUUGUGGAAUCCACGUGUUCUGCAAUAGAGAUUUUCCCAAAGGACUCGGUUUUGCACUGAAUAUUAAAAUCUCCUGUACUUCCCGCGGUCGCCGUGUGUGCCAAACGAGUGUUGAUGGAUCAUUAAAGAUGCAAUAUUUAGUUUUAA